CACCUAGGCAAGGAUUAGAAAAGCAUAGAGAAAGGAUGAGUUCUUUCGUACGUACUGGACGUAAGAUAGUAGCUAUAGGUAGAAAUUACGCUGCACAUGCCAAAGAACUAGGAAACGCAGUACCAAAAGAACCAUUCUUUUUCUUGAAACCGACUAGUUCGUAUAUCCAACCAGGGGAAGGUGUUGUUGAACUUCCCCGAGGGACUGUGGUGCAUCAUGAAGUCGAACUAGGAGUAGUCAUCGGUAAACCUGGUCGGGAUAUCACUCCAGAUGCCGCAUUUGAUCAUGUGGCGGGAUAUGCCUUGGCGGUGGAUAUGACAGCUAGAAAUAUACAAGAUGUCGUCAAGGCUAAAGGACUUCCAUGGAGUACAGCAAAAGGUUUUGAUACUUUUACUCCUAUCGGACCUUUUAUACCUAAAUCUUCCAUUCCGGAUCCAACUCGAGUCGGAUUACAUUUCUCUUUAGAUGGUCAAGUGAAACAAUCCGGUUUGACAAAUGGAAUGAUAUUUCCUAUUCCUCAAUUGAUCGCUUUCGUUUCUAGUAUCAUGCGUUUAGAAGAAGGAGACCUUUUACUCACUGGUACACCUCCAGGAGUAGGACCUAUAAAUCCUGGACAAACUUUCAAAGCUACUUUAACUUAUCCUGAACUUGAUGGACCUAUCUUAUCUUCUUUCUCUUUCCCUUGUCAGACUCGAGAAGGAGGGUACGAGUUUAAAUCUUAAAUUUUCAAUUUCUUAAUUCAAUCUUCACCAUCCUCUCGAGCGAUACUUGUUCUCGUCCUCUCCUCCCCUUGCUCUAUCUCCUCCCCCCUCCUUGUGAUCUGCCCAUCCUCAAUCGAAAAAUUGUUGUAGCGACCAAUGGUGGCGUACACUUCGAAUGUCAGAGUCAGCAAUAAGAAGAAAUGGUCAAAAGUGGUACACCGUAAUUAUGUCAUGGUGAAAUGCAUCUUGGGGUCAUUAUGGUUCA